UGUUGGCGACUUCACAUUAGCCUAGGUAGCUGACCUCACCCCAUCUACCCUAGGCCUGAAGAUGAGUGAACUCAACUCGUUUCCGGUGCCUGAGCCCCCUGACCGCAGGCGGGCCAGUCUUUUCCGUCGGUCAGGGAGCAAUGUCCAGACUGUGCAGGAGACUAUGAAGGAGAAACAGGCAAGGUACAAGGAUGAACGAGAAGUGCGCAAAAGCAAAUUUACUCCAGCUCACAAGUACAUGUUUGAAAUCCUGGCAGACAGGCUCUCCAUUGAAAUUUCAGUGGUUGAAGAUUUUAUUCUUGACAGUCGAUCUUUGAAGCCAUUUGAUCAUUUCUUUGCCAAAGGAGGGAGCAAGACAAUUGCAUUUGUGUACCAGGAAGCAGAAGUUCCUGGAAUAGAAUGUGGGCGUACAUUUCCUGGAACUGCAAAAGGAUCCAAAAUUAUGCGACUGAUCUUAGCCAAUUUGUCAGACACUUGCCUUACAGGACUUUGUCUGUUUUUUGUCCGCACUAAAGUUGAUGCUGUCAUUAAUCCAAAAAACAUACAUGAGGAAAUAUACUUUUCCAUGCUUGAUGCUCGAGAGGGUCUUCUGAAGGGAACCAGAAACCUGCUGUCCAAAGUCCUGAUGCCUUCUGUUAGUGCAACAGAUAACUGGGGAGCUCUAAAUGCAUCCAAACAUGGAGAUACGGAUAAGCAGAACUUUAAAGACACCAUGUCACGUUAUGUCAGCUUCUUGGAUGGUAUCCAGGUGAGCAUUGAGGGGGCUGUUCAUCUGAAGGAAGCCACAGACAUUGAUUUUUCAAAGCUACUUUCCUUUGAGGGCACAAAAGCAGCAGCUGCAGAUGUGGAUACGGUGCAUCACCUGGAGGAAGUUUUGACGAUGUGGUAUAAGCAGAUUGAACAGGUACUCACAGAGAGUGAUCAAAUGAGGAAAGAGGCUGAUGCCUCUGGACCUCUCACUGAGCUGGAGCACUGGAAGAGGAUGUCUGCGAAGUUCAACUCCAUUAUUGAGCACAUCAAGAGCCCAGAGUGCAAAGCCAUCCUCAAUGUGCUCAAUAUCAGUCGUUCUAAGACACUGAAGUUGUGGAAAGAAUUAGAUGCCAGUAUAACAGACUGUGCCAAUGAAGCCAAAGACAAUGUUAGAUUCCUGUAUACUCUGGAGAAAGUCUGCCAACCUCUCUACAACAAUGAUCCUGUUACCAUGGCUAAAAGCAUUCAGAACCUUAUCAAUGCCAUCAGAAUGAUUCACAGCGUGUCACGUUAUUAUAACACUUCAAAGAGAAUGACCUCUCUCUUUAUCAAAGUUACAAAUCAAAUGGUAACAGCUUGUAGAGCCUACAUCACAGACAAUGGCUGUAGUCGGAUUUGGGACCAGGACACUGAAGAUAUCAUAAAAAAGAUAGAGGAUUGUAUUCACUUAUUCCGGGAGUAUCAAUCCUGCUUCCAUAAGACAAAGAAACAAACACUUGAAAGGCCUGGUGAAAAGCCUUUUGAGGUCUCAGAGAUGUAUAUUUUUGGAAAGUUUGAAGGAUUUUGCAAACGACUGGAAAAGAUAACACAGAUGAUAACUGCCAUAAGAACAUUUUCUGUGCUCAGCACAUCAACCAUUGAAGGAAUUGACACAAUUGCUGGAAAGUUUCAAAAUAUAUAUUUUACCAUAAAGAAGAAGCAAUACGACUUCCUGGCCCCCCGAAAAGCUGAUUUUGAAGUUGACUUUGCUGAGUUCAUGUUGCACAUCAAAAACCUUGAGAUCCAGCUACAGGUUUUCAUGAACUCCUGCUUCUCAAAGAUUCUGUCAUCUCAACAGGCUUUGCGUCUUUUGCAAAGGUUUCAGAAACUGAACAUGUCCUGUCUGCAAGCAGAAAUCUCAAAUACAGUUGGACUUAUUCUUCAGCACUAUGUCUCAGAACUGGAGUCUGUCAGAAAGCUGUAUCAAGUCCACAGGGAGGACCCUCCAGUGGCCAGGAACAUGCCUCCCAUUGCUGGAAAAAUCCUCUGGGUCAAGCAGUUGUUCAGGAGGAUACAAGAACCCAUUCAGUACAUAGAGCAAAACUCUGCCAUCUUGUCCACUCCGGAGGGUAUGGAUGUGGUUAAGAUGUACAACAGGACCGCUGCAGUACUUGUGGAGUUUGAGAUUGUCUACCACAGGUCCUGGAUGAGGGAUGUUUCCCAGUUACAGUAUGCCCUUCAAGCUACAUUGCUAGUAUUACAUCCUUCUUCCGGAAAGCUGCUGGUGAACUUUGACCCCAAAAUAUCUGAGAUUGUUCGCGAGACAAAGUGCAUGUUGAAGAUGGGGCUAGAAGUUCCUGAGCAGGCACUGCGUCUGGUGAAGAAUGAGAAGUCCAUGGAAGCCAGUCGACUUCGCCUUGAGACUUUCCUGAGCGAUUAUGAGGAGCUCCUAAAGAAGAUUCCCCCAGUCUUCUAUAAUUUGAUGACUUCCAAGAUAAAAAUUGUGGAUUCAGUGCUCCGUCAUGGCUUAGUGCUGCUCAAUUGGUCGUCUCUUAUCUUGGAAAAAUUCUUCAACAAUAUUGAUACAGCAAUAUCAGAGCUGAGCCAUCUUCUAAAGAAGGUGAAGGAUAUCUGUGAGAUGCAGAUCGAUGCUGUGCUCCAGGACAUUUCGGAGACCGCACUUAUAAACCUGCCUGAUGACGGACCGUCUUCACUGCAAGAUCUCAUUUCAGUCAAUGAGAAUCAAUGCAAACAGUGGGCAGACACUUUGGACCAUAAGAGCAAACAUGUAGAAGAGGCUGUGAGGGAACUCAUUGACAUCUUCAACACCAUUUAUGUGUCUAAAGACACAAAGACACAUACUCCUUCAGAUGAAGUAAAAAGUCAAGCCAAAGGCAGGGUUGCAUUUUCAAUGGACAGUGAUGCUUCAAAUGAUGAAUAUGGUGCAGAGGGCCAUGAAGGGGAGAAAGAAGAUGAGUUUGAAAAGGAAUGUCAGGAGAUGUAUGCCUUCUUCAGCACAAAGCUACAGGACGCUUUAGUCAAAGCCACACACUUGUCUCUGGACACGCUCAAGAGGAGAAUCUUUGUUGCCACCUUAUCCGCAAGAAAGAACCGCUUCAGCACGCCCAGUGAGUUCAAGUCAGACGAGCUGGUUACUUUCAUCAAGUCAGAAGUCCAUCUCUCAAUUCCCAAUGUGGUGAUGGUACCCAGCCUUGAUGACAUCCAGCAGGCCAUUAACCGGCUUGUGCAUCUGCUGAUGGAGGUGAGCCGAGGUGUGGCGCGCUGGCGACUGUACCAUCAUGGAGAGAUCACCGCCAUUGAUUUGACAUGUCCAGUUCUUACAUUGACUGGUUUUGUAGCGGAGACAAGAUAAGCCAUUCUAAAACACAGAGAAUUUACCUUUCUUUUUGGAACUCUUGCAGACUUCAGGGUUAUGAACUUCUACCAGAGUGUGGCUGAACACAAGGACAUCUGCAAGCUUGUGGUAUUGCUUACCUCUGCAGUCAACUCACUGAGGAAGCAGACUAGUGAUGUGCUCAAGCAGUUCCACCCUUUCAAGGUGGUCUGGGCCGAGGACAGGGAUGUAAAGGUUAAGGAAUUCAUGAACAGCAACCCUUAUCUAGGUCAAAUCAAGUCUGAGAUCUUGCACUAUGUGUCAUUUGAGCAAGAAAUAGAGGACAUCAAGCCAGUUAUCAUCUUAGGAUCCAUUGAGUUAUCCACUGCACCCCUCAAAAUGUCCCUGAUGGUUGAGGCAAAGGCUUGGAAGAAACUGCUAUGCAAGUACCUGAAUGAGAAGUACAAGAAGCAGAUGUUUGACAUCAUAGGCUUCACCAGUGAGCAUAUGAAGAAGCUCUCCCGGCCUAUUGCUGACUUAGAGGAUGUGCGCUUUGCCAUGGAGGCCCUAACCACCAUUCGUGACUCAGAGAUCCAGAUUGACAUGACUCUGGGACCCAUCGAAGAAGCGUAUGGCAUACUGUCCCGCUUUGAGGUGCCUGUAACCAAGGAAGAGGCAGAGGGGGUGGACACACUCAGAUACUCCUUCGUCCGACUGCAGUCCAAAGCGAGAUCAGUACAGGAUGAAUUAGUGUGUGUGCAGCCGAAGUUCAAAGAGAACCUCCUAUCAUCGGUUACCAUAUUUAAACACGAUGUUGUGGCAUUUGCUGACCAAUACGACACGGAAGGCCCCAUGGUGGCAGGAAUCGCUCCACAGGAAGCAAGUACUAGGCUACAGAUUAGCCAGUCCAGCUUUGAUGAUCUCUGGAGAAAGUUCAUCACCUAUUCCUCAGGAGAGCAGCUGUUUGGUCUGCCUGUUACAGACUAUGAGGCUCUACAGAAGAUUCGCAAAGAACUGGGCCUUCUUCAGAAACUGUAUGGUCUGUAUGAUUCAGUUAUGGGCAAGAUCAAUGGCUAUUAUGACAUUCUCUGGACCGAGGUGGACAUUGAGAAGAUCAAUGCUGAGCUCUUGGAAUUCCAGAACAGAUGCCGCAAACUGCCGAAAGGCCUGAAGGAUUGGCAGGCUUUCAAGGACCUUAAGAAACGCAUUGAUGACUUCAGUGAGUCAUGUCCCUUACUGGAGAUGAUGGCGAACAAGGCCAUGAAGCUGAGGCACUGGGAUCGCAUCACCAACCUGACAGGACAUAAGUUUGAUGUAGAGCUGGAUACCUUCUCUUUGCAGAACAUCAUGGAGGCACCAUUGCUUAAAUACAAAGAGGAUAUUGAGGACAUAUGCAUCUCAGCCGUCAAAGAGAAAGAUAUCGAGGCCAAGCUGGCGCAGGUGAUCGACAUCUGGUCCAGCCAGUCCUUCAGCUUCAUGACCUUUAAAGGCCGUGGAGAGCUCAUGCUCCGGGGGGUGGAAACUGCUGAGAUUGUCACCAUCAUGGAGGACAGUCUCAUGUUGCUAGGGUCCCUCCUCAGCAACAGAUACAAUGCUCCUUUCAAGAAAAACAUCCAGAUCUGGGUUUUUAAUCUGUCCACCUCUUCAGACAUCAUUGAACAGUGGCUCACUGUUCAGAACCUGUGGGUAUAUCUGGAAGCUGUGUUUGUGGGCGGAGAUAUUGCCAAACAGUUGCCACAGGAAGCCAAGCGUUUCCAGAACAUUGAUAAAUCCUGGAUUAAGAUCAUGCAGCGUGCUCACGACAUCCCCAAUGUGGUGCAGUGCUGUGUGGGAGACGAGACCAUGGCCCAGCUUCUGCCUCACCUGCAGGAGCAGCUCGAGCUGUGCCAGAAGUCUCUGACAGGUUACCUUGAGAAAAAACGUCUGCAAUUUCCACGGUUCUUCUUUGUGUCUGAUCCUUCCCUUCUGGAAAUCUUGGGACAGGCCAGCGAUUCCCACACUAUCCAGCCUCAUCUCCUAGGAAUGUUUGACAAUGUCAAUGACGUCGAGUUCCAUGUCAAGGAGUAUGACAGGAUUAUGGCUGUCAUCUCACAGGAAGGAGAGAAAGUGCCUCUGGACAUCCCAGUGAUGGCCCGUGGGCCUGUAGAGCUGUGGUUAGGUGAACUACUGAUGCAACAGCAGUCCUCUCUGCAUUCUGUCAUAAAAGCGGCAGACCUUCAGAUCAACGACCCCGGCUUCCAGCUUCUCACCUUCCUCAAUCAGUUCCAAGCUCAGGUGGGACUCCUAGGGAUUCAGAUGCUUUGGACCCGAGACUCAGAGGAGGCGCUGCGCAAUGCCAAAGAUGACAAGAAAGUCAUGCCGCUGACCAACCAGAAGUUCCUGGACCUGCUCAACACACUCAUUUCACAGACCACUCAUGAUCUAACCAAGUUUGACAGAAUUAAAUUUGAGACCCUGGUGACAAUUCAUGUGCACCAAAGAGACAUCUUUGACGAUCUGGUGAAAAUGCACGUCAAGUCAGUGGGUGAUUUUGAGUGGCUGAAACAGAGCAGGUUUUACUUCAAAGACGAUGUGGACCAUGUCCUAGUGUCCAUCACAGACGUGGACUUCGUUUAUCAAAAUGAGUACUUGGGCUGCACAGACCGUCUGGUCAUCACCCCUCUGACUGACAGGUGUUACAUCACACUGGCUCAGGCCCUGGGCAUGAGUAUGGGUGGAGCCCCAGCUGGACCCGCAGGAACAGGAAAGACUGAGACCACCAAAGAUAUGGGCCGCUGCCUGGGGAAGUAUGUGGUGGUCUUCAACUGCUCUGACCAAAUGGACUUCAGAGGCCUUGGCAGGAUCUAUAAAGGGCUGGCACAGUCUGGAUCCUGGGGGUGCUUUGAUGAGUUCAACAGAAUUGACCUGCCUGUGCUGUCAGUAGCAGCUCAGCAGAUCUACAUUGUCCUAGUUUCACGCAAAGAGCGUAAAGUUCAGUUCAUUUUCACUGACGGAGACGUCGUGGAACUAAAUCCAGAGUUUGGUCUCUUCAUUACCAUGAACCCUGGCUAUGCAGGUCGUCAAGAACUUCCGGAGAAUUUGAAGGUGCAAUUCAGGACUGUGUCCAUGAUGGUCCCAGACAGACAGAUUAUUAUGAGGGUGAAGUUGGCCAGUUGUGGGUUUAUAGAGAAUGUCGUCUUGGCCCAAAAGUUUUUUGUGCUCUACAAGCUUUGUGAGGAGCAGCUCACCAAGCAGGUCCAUUAUGACUUUGGUUUGAGGAACAUCUUGUCAGUGUUGAGGACACUGGGAGCCAUGAAACGAGCCCGUCCCUCAGAGACAGAAUCCAGCAUCGUCAUGAGAGUGCUACGGGACAUGAACCUUUCUAAACUGGUGGAUGAGGAUGAGCCACUCUUCCUCAGCUUGAUCAGCGACUUGUUCCCGGGCAUCCAGCUGGACAGCAGUACCUAUGCAGACCUGCAGGCCGCCGUGGAGCACCAGGUGCAGCUGGCCGGCAUCAUCAAUCACCCGCCCUGGAACCUCAAAUUAGUGCAGUUAUACGAAGCAUCCCGAGUGCGUCACGGUCUCAUGACCCUGGGCCCCAGCGGGGCGGGCAAGACCACGGUCAUCAACAUCCUGAUGCGCGCCCUGAGUGACUGUGGCACCCCCCACAGAGAGAUGAGGAUGAACCCCAAAGCCAUCACGGCCCCCCAGAUGUUUGGCCGACUGGACGCCGCAACCAACGACUGGACUGAUGGUAUCUUCUCCACGCUGUGGAGGAAGACUCUGAAAGCUAAGAAGGGUGAGAACAUUUGGAUUGUUCUGGAUGGCCCUGUGGAUGCCAUCUGGAUUGAGAACUUGAACUCUGUCCUGGAUGACAACAAGACACUAACCCUGGCCAACGGUGACCGUAUCGUCAUGUCCCCCUGCUGCAAGCUGGUGUUUGAGGUGCACAACAUGGACAACGCCUCCCCGGCCACUGUGUCCAGAGUGGGUAUGGUGUUCAUGAGCUCAUCUGCCCUCAGCUGGAGGCCCAUCCUACAGGGAUGGGCUUACAAGCGCAGUGCCCAAGAAGCUGACAACCUGAUCAGUUUAUAUGACAAGGUGUUUGAGGAUACAUACCUCUUUGUGUAUCAAAGCCUCAAACCGAAAAUGGACCUCUUAGAGUGCAACUACAUCAUACAGUCACUGAACCUGAUGGAGGGCCUGAUCCCCACCAAAGAGUCUGGUGUCGUGGUGAGCAGCAUUCACCUAAGCCGGCUCUUUGUCUUCUGUGUGAUGUGGAGCCUGGGGGCGCUGCUGGAGCUGGAAGGCCGCAACAGCCUGGAGACCUUCCUCAGGGAGCACAGCAGCAAGGUCGACCUGCCCCCCACCAGGCCCGGAGAGACCAUUUUUGAAUACAUGGUUAACCAGAACGGUGAGUGGGACCACUGGAGCGAAUAUGUGGUGGAGUAUAUCUACCCGACUGACUACAUCCCUGAUUACUCAUCCAUCCUCGUGCCCAAUGUGGACAACACAAGGACCAACUUCCUGGUCGAAACAAUUGCAAAGCAGCACAAAGCUGUUCUGCUCAUUGGUGAGCAAGGAACUGCCAAGACUGUCAUGAUAAAAGGUUACACAAAGAGAUAUGACCCAGAAACUGACCUGUUCAAGUCCAUGAACUUCUCCUCUGCCACUGAACCCGCGAUGUUCCAGCGCACCGUGGAGGGCUACAUUGAAAAGCGCAUGGGCAGCACCUACGGCCCUCCUGGGGGGCGACGGAUGACUGUCUUUGUGGACGACAUCAACAUGCCGGUUGUCAAUGAGUGGGGCGAUCAGAUCACCAAUGAGAUUGUGCGUCAACUGAUGGAGAUGACGGGUAUGUACAGCCUGGACAAACCUGGAGACUUCACCACCAUUGUGGACGUGCAGAUCAUGGCUGCCAUGAUCCACCCUGGGGGUGGUCGCAAUGACAUCCCCCAGCGACUGAAGAGACAGUUCAGCGUCUUCAACUGCACACUCCCUUCCAACAGCUCUAUUGACAAGGUCUUUGGAAUUAUGGGUUGUGGAUACUUCCAUGAAUGCAGAGAUUUCAAGCCAGAGAUCACAGAUAUGAUCAGCUCUCUGGUGUCUGCCGCUAGGAUUGUCUGGCAAUGGACUAAGGUGAAAAUGUUGCCCACUCCAUCAAAGUUCCACUACUUCUUCAACCUGCGUGACUUGUCUCGGAUCUGGCAGGGCAUGCUCAACGUCAAGGCAGGGGAGUGUAACGACAUCACCACGUUACUGGCUCUCUUUAAGUGUGAAUGCACAAGGGUGAUUGCAGACAGGUUCGUGUGCCAUGAGGACAAGGUGUGGUUUGAUAAGGCCAUAACACGCGGGAUCCAGGAGCAUGUGGAUGCCGACCUGGUCCCACAGAUCCACCCCGAUCCUUACUUUGUGGACUUCCUGCGAGAGGCUCCAGAGCCCACGGGUGAAGAGGCGGAAGACGCCUCUCUAGAUGCACCCAAAGUUUAUGAGCUGAUUCCCAGUUUUGAGUUUCUGUCUGAGAAGCUCCAGGUCUUCCAGGGUCUGUAUAAUGAGGCUGUCCGAGGCACCAGCCUUGACCUGGUGUUCUUCACAGAUGCAAUGACUCACCUCAUCAAGAUCUCUCGGAUCAUUCGGACUGAUUGUGGCAGUGCUCUCCUGGUUGGAGUAGGAGGCUCAGGGAAGCAGAGUCUCACUCGCCUGGCCUCGUUCAUCGCAGGCUACCGAAUAUUCCAGAUCACACUAACCAGAACCUACAAUUCCACCAAUUUGAUGGAUGACCUGAAGGUGCUGUACAGAACAGCAGGCGCUGAGGGGAAAGGCAUCACCUUCGUCUUCACUGACAGUGAAAUCAAAGACGAGGCUUUCCUGGAGUAUAUCAACAAUGUCCUCUCGUCUGGAGAGGUGUCUAAUCUGUUUGCCCGUGAUGAAUUGGAUGAGAUCACGCAGAACCUCAUCUCUGUGAUGAAGAAGGAGUUGCCAAAACAGCCACCCACCUUUGACAACCUCUAUGACUACUUCAUCUCCAGAGUCAGGAAGAACCUCCAUGUGGUCCUGUGCUUCUCCCCGGUGGGUGAGAAGUUCCGAACGCGCUCGCUGAAGUUCCCGGGGCUGAUCUCGGGCUGCACGAUGGACUGGUUCACACCCUGGCCCAGCGAGGCCCUGGUGGCUGUGUCCCAAUACUUUAUGGCGGAGUCCCCCAUGGUGUGCUCCCCUGAGGUCAAGGCAGCCGUGGUGAAGACAAUGGGCAUUUACCACGACAAGGUGUCCGUCACCUGCGACAGCUACUUUGAGAGAUUCCGACGAAGGACACAUGUUACGCCUAAAUCCUACCUGUCCUUCAUUAAUGGGUAUAAGACACUCUAUGCAGAAAAGCACUCGUUCAUCAACACUCUGGCUGAACGCAUGAAUGUUGGUCUCUCCAAACUGGUGGAGGCCAGUGAAUCAGUGGCACAGCUAUCUAAAGACCUGGUGGUGAAGGAGAAGGAGCUAGCUGUGGCUUCUGUCAGAGCAGACAAGGUGUUGGCAGAGGUGACAGUUAGUGCGGAGGCAGCCUCUGUGGUGAAGAAUGCGGUGCAGGUGGUGAAGGACAGAGCCCUGAAGAUUGUGGAGGGGAUUGAGAAGGAGAAAGCAUUUGCAGAGGUCAAACUGAAGGCUGCUAAGCCUGCCCUGGAAGAGGCUGAAGCUGCCCUGAAUACCAUUAAAGCUUCAGAUAUUGCCACCGUGAGGAAGCUGGCCAAGCCUCCUCACCUCAUUAUGCGCAUCAUGGACUGCUGUCUGCUGCUUUUCCGGAAGAGGUUGGACACUAUCACCAUGGACCCUGAGAGGCCAUGCCAUAAGCCCUCUUGGAGUGAGGCUUUGAAGCUCAUGAGUGCCAGUGGCUUCAUGGGCUCCCUCCAGCAGUUCCCUAAAGACACCAUCAAUGAGGAGAUGGUGGAGCUGCUGGAGCCCUACUUUGUCAUGGAAGAUUACACCCUAGAGAAUGCCAAGAAGGUCUGCGGUAACGUGGCAGGUCUCCUGGCCUGGACGAAGGCCAUGGCCACCUUCUUUGGCAUUAACAAGGAGGUCCUGCCCCUUAAGGCUAAUCUGGUGAUCCAGGAGGGCAAGUUCACAAUCGCCAAUGCAGAGUUGAUGGGAGCCCAGGCCCAGCUGGAUGAGAAACAGGCUGAGCUGGACCAUGUCCAGGCCAAAUUUGAUGCUUCGAUGAAGGAGAAGCAGGACCUGCUGGAUGAUGCAGCCUCAUGCAGGAAUAAGAUGCAGGCAGCCUCCGCCCUGAUUGAUGGGCUGAGUGGAGAGAGGGUCCGCUGGACAGAGCAGAGCAAAGAGUUUAAAUCACAGAUCAACAGGCUGGUAGGAGAUGUUCUACAGCUCACAGGCUUCCUGUCCUACUGCGGACCCUUCAACCAGAGCUUCCGUGACAUGCUGCUGAAGGACAUCUGGAAGUCUGAGCUCUGUAGAAGGAAGAUUCCCUUCACUGAGAACCUCAACCUGAUCUCAAUGCUGGUGGACCAGCCCACAAUCAGUGAGUGGAACCUGCAGGGGCUUCCAGGAGAUGACCUGUCUGUCCAGAAUGGCAUCAUUGUCACAAAAGCAGCCAGAUUCCCCUUGCUCAUUGACCCCCAGACUCAAGGCAAGGCUUGGAUCAAACAGAAGGAGAAAGCCAAUGACCUGCAGGUGACGUCCCUGAACCACAGGUUCUUCCGUACCCAUCUGGAGGACAGCUUGUCCCUGGGCAGGCCACUGCUCAUUGAAGAUGUGCGUGAGGAGCUGGACCCUGCACUGGACAAUGUCCUGGAGAAGAACUUCAUCAAGUCUGGUUCCACUUUGAAGGUUAAAGUGGGAGACAAGGAGACAGACGUCUUGAGUGGCUUCAGGCUCUACAUCACCACCAAGCUGCCCAACCCAGCCUACACUCCUGAGAUCAGUGCCAAGACCUCCAUCAUUGACUUCACUGUCACCAUGAAGGGCUUGGAGAACCAGCUGCUGGGUCGUGUCGUCCUGGCUGAGAAAUACGAACUGGAGGCAGAGAGGCUAAAACUCAUGAAAGAUGUAACAGCCAACAAGAGAAAGAUGAAGGAACUAGAGGAUAACCUGUUGUACAAACUUAGUAGCACAAAAGGUUCUCUGGUGGAUGAUGAGUCCAUGAUUGGCAUCUUGAGGGUCACCAAGCAGACAGCAGGAGAAGUGAACGAGAAGCUACACAUCGCCGCGGAGACAGAGGUGAAGAUCAUCACAGCACAGGAAGAGUACCGGCCUGCCGCCUCUCGUGGCAGCAUCCUCUACUUCCUCAUCACAGAGAUGAGCAUGGUCAACGUCAUGUACCAGACCUCCCUAGCGCAGUUCCUCAAGAUCGUUGAUCUCUCCAUAGCCAGGUCAGAGAAGUCUCUUCUGACUCAGAAACGAAUCUCAAACAUCAUUGAGUACCUGACCUUCGAGGUGUUCCGCUACCAGGUGCGCGGGCUGUAUGAGAACCACAAGUUCAUCUUUACUCUGUUGCUAGCGCUCAAGAUAGAUCUACAGAGAGGCCGCAUCCAGCACAAUGAGUUCCAGACCCUCAUCAAAGGUGGAGCUGCCUUGGACCUGAAAGCCUGUCCAGCCAAGCCAUUCCGUUGGAUCCAAGACAUGACUUGGCUGAAUCUGGUGGAGCUCAGCAAGCUGCCUCAGUUCACUGAGAUCAUGAACCAGGUGUCACGGAAUGAGAAGGGCUGGAAGAUGUGGUUUGACCUGGAUUACCCGGAGGAAGGGGCGAUUCCUGAUGGAUACCAUGACUCCUUGGAUGUCUUCCACAGGCUGCUGCUGAUCAGGUCCUGGUGUCCAGAUCGCACCCUCUCCCAGGCCAGGAGGUACGUGGGUGAUUCCAUGGGCUUGCGCUUUGCAGAUCCCGUCAUUCUCAGCCUGGAGGCCACCUGGGAGGAGAGUGACACUCGCACCCCUCUUGUCUGCUUCCUGUCUAUGGGCUCUGACCCCACCAAUCAGAUUGAGGCAUUGGCUAAGAAACUACAUCUGGAAUGCAGGGCCAUAUCAAUGGGACAGGGACAGGAGGUGCAUGCUAGAAGGCUUAUACAGACAUCCAUAGCACAGGGAGGUUGGGUGUUGCUGCAGAAUUGCCAUCUGGGGCUUGAGUUUAUGGAAGAGUUGCUGGAGACAGUGACCACAGUAGAGACCAUGCACGCCACAUUCCGCAUAUGGAUCACUACUGAGCCCCACGAUCGCUUCUCCAUCACUCUGCUGCAGUCCUCCAUCAAGUUCACCAACGACCCACCGCAGGGUGUCCGUGCUGGCCUGAAGCGCACAUUUGCAGGCAUCACUCAAGACCAGCUGGAUGUCAGCAACCUGCCCAUGUGGAAGCCCCUGCUGUAUGGUGUGGCCUUCAUGCACACUGUAGUCCAGGAGCGGCGUAAGUUUGGGCCUCUGGGCUGGAACAUUCCUUACGAGUUUAACUCGGCUGACUUCACAGCCAGUGUCCAGUUUGUGCAGAACCACCUGGAUGAAUGCACCCCCAAGAAGGGCGUAUCAUGGGUAACUGUCCGCUACAUGCUGGGAGAAGUGCAGUAUGGAGGCAGAGUCACCGACGACUAUGACAAAAGGCUCCUCAACUGCUUUACAAGGGUGUGGUUCCACGAUAAGAUGUUUGAACCAUCCUUCUGCUACUACACGGGUUAUAAGAUCCCGGUGUGUAAGACACUGGAACAGUACAUGGAGUACAUCCAGACCCUGCCAUCCGCGGACACACCCCAGGUCUUUGGUCUGCACCCAAACGCUGACAUCACCUACCAGACUAACACAUCUGCAGAAGUGCUGUACACCAUCACCAACAUCCAGCCCAAGGAGAGCGGUGGAGGUGCUGGUGAGACCAGAGAGUCCAUUGUCUACCGGCUGGCAUCGGACAUGCUGGAGAAGCUGCCUCCCAACUAUGUGCCUCAUGAGGUGAAAGCACGGCUAUUGAAGAUGGGCGCGCUGAGCUCCAUGAACAUCUUCCUAAAACAAGAGGUGGACCGCAUGAACAGGAUCAUCGCCGUGGUGCGAACCAGUCUAAGUGACCUCAAACUGGCCAUCGAUGGAACCAUCAUCAUGAGUGAGAACCUGAGAGAUGCUCUGGACAACAUGUACGACGCCCGUGUGCCCAACCUGUGGAAGAAGCUGUCCUGGGAAUCAUCCACACUAGGCUUCUGGUUCACUGAGCUGAUAGAGAAGAACAUCCAGUUCCAAAGCUGGGUGUUUGAGGGUCGACCCAAGACCUUCUGGAUGACCGGUUUCUUCAAUCCCCAGGGUUUCCUGACUGCCAUGAGACAGGAAGUGACCCGUGCUCACAAAGGCUGGGCGUUGGACACAGUCACUCUGCAUAAUGAGGUGCUGAAGCAGAUCAAGGAAGAGAUCACCUCUGCACCUCCCGAGGGUGUCUACGUGUAUGGCCUGUUCCUUGAUGGUGCCGGUUGGGACCGCAGAAACUGCCGUCUGAUCGAGGCCACCCCCAAAGUGCUCUUCACGGCCCUGCCUGUGGUGCACAUGUUUGCCAUCAACUCCACCGCCCCCAAGGAUCCCAAGCUCUACAUCUGCCCCAUCUACAAGAAGCCCCGCCGCACCGACCUCACCUACAUCACCGGCAUCGUCAUGCGCACCACUCAGAUACCAGAGCACUGGAUGCUCCGAGGAGUGGCUCUGCUCUGUGACAUCAAAUAA